UAUCUCUAUGAUUUAUUUAUAUAUAUAUAUAAUAUAUACAUGUUAUACAUAUUUGAUCUCCCUUCUCUUCUCUUCUCUUUCUAAAUCCCAGAUUCCUGCUCCUACACUCACUUCCACACCGCCCUGAAAACCAUCAUUGUUUUCCGCAGCGGGCGGUUUUCCAUUUUCCAAGCAAGGUUUUUAACGCCCUCACCAAUCCAGAGGCGGUUUCCAGCUACCUGGUUUUCUUCCCGGAUUACCGCCGGUUUUUCUUUCAAAAGAAUUUGUUUUCAGCCCAAUUUCAUGCGGCGUUACAACAGCUGAGCCAUGGGCUGCGUUCUGGGGACGAGGUCUGGCAGCGGUACGUCCGGAGCUACUCGCACUAGCCGGAACGUCGACGGGAUUUCCUUCGCCGAGAGAGAGGCUGUUAGGUCUCGGAAGGACGGCGCGAGGAAUCGCCACGCCGGCGAUGUUCCGGCUCCGGACCGGCUUCAGCCGAGGCUGGACUACGGCUUCAGGAUCACCACCGGCCAAGGCUGGCCGUCGUGGCUCUGCGACGUCGUCGGCGACGCCAUCAAGGACUGGACGCCGCGCCGCGCCAAUACCUUCGAGAAAUUGGCUAAGAUUGGGCAAGGGACAUAUAGCAAUGUAUAUAAAGCUAAGGAUUUGAUUACGGGGAAGAUUGUGGCUCUGAAGAAGGUUCGGUUUGAUAAUUUAGAGCCAGAGAGUGUGAAGUUCAUGGCAAGGGAGAUACUUGUUCUGAGAAAGCUUGAUCAUCCUAAUGUAAUAAAGCUUGAAGGCUUGGUUACUUCAAGAAUGUCCUCAAGUCUUUACCUCGUAUUUGAGUACAUGGAGCAUGAUCUCUCCGGCCUCGCCGCCGUCCAAGGGGUGAAGUUCACGGAGCCACAGGUUAAAUGUUAUAUGAAGCAAUUGUUGUCUGGGCUUGAGCAUUGCCACAAAAAUGGUGUAUUACACCGUGAUAUCAAAGGUUCCAAUUUGCUUAUUGAUAAUGAAGGGAUCCUAAAAAUAGCUGAUUUUGGAUUAGCAUCUUUCUAUGAUCCUGAGAGUAAGCAACCAAUGACUAGUCGUGUAGUCACCCUUUGGUACCGUCCCCCAGAAUUACUUCUUGGAGCCACUUAUUAUGGUGUUGGUGUUGAUUUGUGGAGUGCUGGCUGCAUCUUGGCAGAGUUACUAGCUGGAAAACCAAUAAUGCCUGGACGAACAGAGGUUGAGCAGCUGCACAAAAUAUUUAAGUUAUGUGGCUCACCAUCUGAGGAGUAUUGGAAGAAAUCGAAGUUGCCAAAUGCAACACUUUUCAAGCCGCAGCAGCCAUACAAGCGUUGCAUUUUGGAAACCUUCAAAAAUUUUCCUCCUCCAUCUCUUCCUCUUAUUGAAACCCUUCUUGCAAUUGACCCAGACAAACGAGGCUCUGCCACUGCAGCACUAAAUAGUGAAUUCUUUGCAACUGAACCUUAUGCUUGUGAGCCAACAAAUUUACCAAAAUAUCCUCCCAGUAAAGAAAUGGAUGUAAAACUGAGAGAUGAAGAAGCAAGAAGGCAAAGAGGUUUGAGCAGGAAAGCUAAUGUAGUCGACAGUAAUAAAAGAGUGAGAACACGAGACCGGGGUGGCCGGGCAAUUCCGGCUCCAGAAGCCAAUGCCGAACUCCAGCCAAACUUGGAGCGAUGGAGAGUUCUGACAGAAGCAAAUGCUAAGAGCAAGAGCGAAAAAUUCCCCCCUCCCCAUCAGGAUGGACUAGUUGGACACCCUAUGGACAAACCGCAUAAUGGCCCUGUGUCAUUUGGCCCAUCAGACAUAUCUUUUACCUCAUCAAUUUUUGAGUCGAAGUCAUCGGAUUCCGUCGGUAAUACUGCGGCCACAGGCGGGCCUCCCAGGAAGAAGAGGACCACCAAAAAUGAGGGGCUGCAGAAGGCUCCAUCUCAAAGAUUUAUCCGCGCCUUCCUCCCAUCCUCGGUUGGACUAUCAAUGGGUUUUCGACUAACAGGUAAAGGACCAGUUUCGGAAGCUUUCCACAGCAGAAGGUAGAGAAAGUGUUGGAGGUUGAAAUUUUGGAAUAGGUGAUCUCAUCUUCCCUUGUUUUCCAAAUGGAUUUUUUUGCCCAUUAUUGCCCCCAUUUAUUGAGCUUUAUAUAAAGCAAACAUUGGGUGCAUAAUCUCCAUAAGGAGGACAAAACUUGACAGGACUCUUUAUUAGUGUAUAAUCACAAAACCAAAUCCACUCUGUUGUACAGCUCUUGAAAGUUGGAAGUUAGCCCUAGUUACCAUUCUAUUGAAAAUUUCCUUUUGCCGGGUUUACCA